ACAUAGAAAGAUUCAGUUGUUGCUUGCAGUUAAUAACGCGCAGUUAUCAGCGAUCACAUUGAGAAUGAAGCAAUUGACCCACUUACGAAUCAUGUGGCAUGCCGCAAUUCUUUUGCUCUGCCUCGCACAGCUGACGGAGGCGUUGACCACGCCCAAGCCCAAAACUCUAGUACAAGCAACACCAGCGACUAGCACCACCAGAGGCAGCACCACCACAGCGAAGCCCAAACAACAAACUCCACAACAACCACAAAAGAAGCAAGAUGCCAAAUGCCUGCAGCCUUUGGAAAUAGGACCCUGUCGCAUGAGCCUGGGUCGUUAUUAUUACAAUAAGGAUAAGAACAUCUGCGAAUCAUUCAAAUUCAGCGGCUGCAAAGGCAACGAAAAUCGCUGGGGCUUCAAACAGACCUGCGAGGAGGCAUGCGUCAUCAAGAAAUAACUAAGGUUUCGAUUGGAUCGAUCCAGCCAUUUUCUAAGAAUAUUAUUUGUGCAUAUAAGUAAUAAGAAAUCUAACCAUCUAUUUGCGACUUAUUUCAAGUUAAACAUCAUCAACAAAAUCUAUGAAUUACAAUACAUAUUUGUUAACGUGACUCAGUCGCAAAACUCAAUUUGUUUACAUAAUUUGAUUAAUUUGAAUAAGUCUGAAUACAUUUUUGUGAGUUGUUUUUUACUUAUUGUGACUAAAAUAUAAUUGGAUUUGUAAAGACGUUUCGAACGUCUAUUUAGAUUUUAGCUUACCGAAUUCAUUAUCAAGAUGAUCUUAGCCAUAUUAUCUGAUUUCCAUAGUCAUCUUUUGAAAUAAAAUGUAGCGCUUAUUAUCUGAAAUAUAUCUUAUAAAUCAA